UACCUUACUCUACAUCACUAUUCAAACACCAAGCGAAAUCAUCAUGUGGUUUUCUACUGCCUCUUCAGUUCUCCUCGCUGUCGCCGCUCUCACCACUGGGGCCUCCGCUGCAUGCGGUCCCCGCGACGGUCUAUGCAAGCCCCCACUGGACGUUCGGUGCCAAACGGGUAACAAUCCAGAUGGUAGCCCAACCUUCGGGUGCUGCGACAACUUCCAAUGCACUCCGUAGUUCAAACCAAUUACAAGACACAGUAGCUUAGCUGCUGUUGCAUAUCAUUCUGCGCCCUGUGGCUCUUCCUCUAGUACAAGAGCAUAAAAGCAUACAAAUCAGCGUUCCAGAGUUAAAUUAGAAGCAAUCCAGCGGGCUGAGUUUAGUUUGCAUUGUCUACUUUGUCUUUACGUAAACAUGUGUAGAUUGU